CAACCUUAGAGAGAGAGAGAGAGAGAGAGAGCAACACAAUGGCUGAUCCGGCUGCUAUCAUAGCUAGCUGGUUCACACCCUCUUCCCUUUUCAUUAUCGUAAACCUCGUCAUCGGAACCAUAGCAAUCACUUCUCGCUUUGGUGCCCCCAAAAGGGAAAUCCACGAACCCCAACUCGUUCGCUCACCCUCCCUGUUAGAACGAGUCAGGUCCUUCAAUUUCUCCUUCAACAAAUACGAACCAACACACGCAGAAACAGAGUAUGCCCCAACCCACCAACCCGAAUCCGAAAACCCGUGCCCGAACCCGGACAACCCGCAACUGGUUCGAACUCCCUCCCUCUUGCAGCGGCUUCGGUCCUUGAGCUUCUCGCGUCGAGAGCAAGAACCCGAAAGUGAUGGUCCGGAUCCAAAACCGGGUCGUGAUUCGGGUAAUGCGGAGAUGAGGAAAUCGGCGAGCGAGAGGGCGGGGUCAAUGAAGUGUGAGUGGGAGGAGGAUGAAGAAGCGGUGGAGCGGCGGAGGCCGGCGACGGCGAGAGGUGAGACGACGUCGUUAAGAGAAGACGAAGAGGUAGACGCGAAAGCUGAUGAUUUUAUAAACAGGUUUAAGAAGCAACUGAGGUUACAGAGGGUUGAUUCUCUUCUCCGUUACAGAGAUAUGCUCAGAGGAAAUUGAGAAGAGAAGAGAAACCCUUCUUCACUUUAAAGUCAUCAUUGACGGUGAAGAAGGAAAAGCACAAAACAAGGCAGGCUUAACGUCUCUUGUAAAACGUUAAAAAGGUCGUCGUCGUCGUCGGCUCGUCGUCCGUCAUCAUCAUCAUGGUAUAUGGAAUAUGCGUGUGCGUCUCUUCGUAAUUAGGUGAUGUUCUUUUACCAAACAAGAAAAAAAACUGGCUAAGUUUGUUGUAUCAGUGCUUGGAAAAUAACAGUAGAUGCGUGGAUUGGUUUCGUAAAGUGAUGGAAUAAAGGUUUCCAUCUACUUAUUUCUUCACUGUCAAUGGUAUAUGGAAAAUAUGUGGGUUUAAAUUUUUUUACUUAGAAAGUUAUCAUUUUUUUUUUUAAACACAGAUAUUUUUAACUGAAGAUAAUUUUGUUUGGGGUGAGUUUAAAGUU